GGCCCCGCCCGGCACAACCCGGCCCCGCCCGGCACAACCCGGCCCCGCCCGGCACAACCCGGCCCCGCCCAACACACACACACACACACACUGCCCGGGGAUGCUGCAGCCGCCGCAUUGCUGCUGAAGGGGAGACUGUGACUGUGACUGUGAGACGGGCGAUGAUUUAACAGGCGACGCAUCUGCAGGGGAGUGGUCAGUCGGUGGGCAGGAUGACCAGUCAGGGCAGCCAGGAGGUGAUAUUGGUGCCACCAGCUCCCAGCUCCACCAGGAAGGAGGGCUACUUUGAGCAGGUGGAGAGUGACCCGGAAUAUCAGAGGCUGCGGAACAUGGCACCCACGCUGAGGCAGGACUUCAACCUGAUGGAGCAGAAGAAGAGAGUGACCAUGAUCUUACAGAGCCCGGCGUUCCGAGAUGAAUUGGAAUGUUUGAUUCAGGAGCAGAUGAAGAAAGGGAGUGACUCGAGCAAACUGUGGGCUCUGCAGCAGAUUGUGGACUUCAUGAGGAGCACUCCGAUGGCCAUUCCCACCUCACCACCAGGGGUGAUGAUGGUUGCACCAAUCAAUGACCUUCAUGCCACGGGGUUGAUGCCCUUUGCCAAGGGGGAGAGGAUGAUGCGCUGCAAGGUGGCCAGUGUUCACCGUGUACUGGACCUGUUUGGCUGGGCCCAGCUGCCCAAUACUUACAUCACGCUCCGGGUCAGUAAGGAACACGAUCAUUUCCUCAUCAUUCCCAGAGGAAUCUCGUAUGGAGAAGUGUCCGGCUCUCUCCUGGUGAAGGUCAACAUUCUGGGGGAGGUGGUGAGUCGGGGCAGCUCAGGUUUCCCCGUGGACUGUGCCGGCUUCAGCCUGCACUCGGCGAUCUACUCGGCCCGCCCGGAUGUCCGCUGCAUCAUUCACCUUCACACUCCGGCCACGGCCGCGGUUUCAGCCAUGAAGUGUGGCAUUUUGCCGUUAUCCCACGAGGCGUUGCUGGUUGGCGAUGUUGCUUACUAUGAAUAUAAUGGAGCUCUGGAGACUGAGGAUGAAAGGAUCCAACUACAGAAGUGCCUAGGACCCACCUGCAAGGUCCUGCUGCUACGGAAUCACGGCGUGUUGGCUCUCGGUGAAACUGUGGAAGAGGCUUUCUACAAAAUUUACCACCUUCAAUCCGCCUGUGAAAUACAGGUUUCGUCGCUGUCCUGUGCCGGCGGUGUGGACAACGUGAUUCUGCUGGACCGUGACACGGUGAAACCGCUGGAGAUCGGCACGGUGGGACGGGCUGGGACCACCUUCGGACCGAUGCACAAGAGCAGAGUCGGGGAGCAGGAGUUUGAGGCACUGAUGAGGAUGCUGGACAACUUGGGUUACCGGACGGGUUAUGCCUACAGGCACCCGGUGAUCCAGGAGAGGAUUCGGCACAAGAGCGGCGUUGAGAUCCCGGCCACUGUCACCGCAUUCAGCUUUGACGGCGACGUCUUAUUGCAGCCGGCGCACUGGCGUCACGGUCACAAGCAGCAGCAGGAGAAAAGCCGCUGGCUCAACUCGCCCAACACAUACCUGCGGCUCAGCAGUGACCAGGAGUCUCAGCGGGGGCCAGGCAGCCCCAGGCCCAGCACCGCGUGGCUGAAGACUGACGAGGCCAAGAAAUCCAGCAGCGGGACUCCAAUCAAGAUCGAAACGUCCAACCAGUUUGUGCCUCUGUUCACAGACCCGCGUGAAGUCUUGGAAACCAGGAACAAGAUCCGGGAACAGAAUCGGCAGGAGACGGCGUCGGCCGGACCACAGUCACAGCUGCUGGCCGCGGUCACCAUCGCCAGGAGCCGCAGCCCGUCUGCAGAAGCCGUGCUGCUGCCCGUCGCCGUGGAUGGGCCCGGGCCGGAUCCUCCCAACCCUUUCAAUGAGCUGACGGACCAGGAGCUGGAGGAGUACAGGCGGGAGGUGGAGCGCAAACAACAGGCGCUGGACGGUGGGGACGAGGAGGACACGUCUGCCGGCAUCUCUCCGCUAAAGACCCCACUCACCUCUCCCGCAAAAUCGCCCACUUCCCCCGCCGCCACAGAACCCAAUCCAGCUGAAGGUGUGAAGGAGGUGGCGGAGCGAGAGCUGGGGGCCAGGGAGGAGGAGGAGGAGGACCAGCCUGUGGAGGGAGUGAGGACCAACGUGGAGAACGGCACUGAACCACCCGUUAAACCAGCUAAGGACAAGACCGAGCCUCCAGCAAGUACCCCUCUCUCCCCCGAUGGCUCUCCUUCCAAGUCUCCGUCCAAAAAGAAGAAGAAAUUCCGAACCCCGUCCUUCUUGAAAAAGAGUAAAAAGAAAGAGAAAACGGAGUCGUGAAAUGGGAAUAGAAGGAUAUAAAUGUAAACAAGGUGACUGAGCCGGGAGCCAAGCCACGUACCAGCUGUCACCAUGGACAGUACCAAUACUUGUCAUGUUUGCACUAACCACAGUGAGCACCCACCCACACAGACAGACAGACAGCCUGAUUCUCACUGCUCCACUGGUCUCAGGCAUUUUACACCUGCAUUAUGUUCAUGAGUCCCGCACCCUCCCGUUUUAAAUUGGUUCCUGGUUUAGUUAGUUUCGGCGAACAGACGUGCAGCUCUGUGAGCGUCGGUGUCCACAUGAACCAUUCCAGGUGUGUGUGUGUGCGCGUGUGUGUGUGUACGUGUGUGUGCGCGUGUGUGUGUAUGUGUGUGCGUGUAUGUGUGUGCGCGUAUUUGUGUGUAUACGUGUGAGUGUGUGUGCCGCACAGCGGACCGGGCUAGGCGCUGGUUCGAUGCCCUCAAUGGCAGCAGUAGUGGGCACGGUGGGCCAGGCAUGGAGCAGAGGGGAGCCACUGUAUCACGUGUGUAAUGUCUAAUCUCUAUGCUGAGCAGAGGGAGGGAGGGAUGGAGGGGUAUUCACCUUUAGCUGGUACUACAGAGGCUGACACACUGCCAGAUCUCCAUUGUAGGAAAGCCUCGUGUGUUGUUAUUAUUGUCACGUGUACCGAGGUACAGUAAAAAGCGGAAAGACUACGUGACUAAACGUUUAAGAAGGAACUGCAGAUGCUGGAAAAUCGAAGGUAGACAAAAAUGCUGGAGAAACUCAGUGGGUGAGGCAGCAUCUAUGGACCGAAGGAAAUAGGCAACGUUUCGGGCCGAAACCCUUCUUCAGACUCUGUCAUGCCUGAAGAAGGGUCUCCACCCGAAACGUCACCUAUCCAUGUUCUCCCCAGAUGCUGCCUGACCCGCUGAGUUACUCCAGCACUCUGUGAAACGUCACCUAUCCAUGUUCUCCACAGAUGCUGCCUGACCCGCUGAGUUACUCCAGCACUCUCUGUCCAAAGUAGUGACCAUUAUAAAUACUCGCCUGAGUGAUCCCCCACUUGCUGAACAGGGGGACAGGGCAAGUUCAGGGUCAGUGUGCGUGGGAGAGUUAAUAAAAUAUCAACUCACUCACAUCACCAGUGUUCUAUCUCCUGCCUUUUAGAAUGUCUUACAUUACAGAGUUUGUACGUUCCUCCUGUGACCACGUGGGUUUUCACCAAGUGCUCUGGUUUCCUCCCACACUCCAAAGUCGUGCAGGUUUAUUGGUUAAUUGGCUUCUGUAAACUGUCCCUAGUGUGUAGGAUAGUGCUAGUGUAUGGGGUGAUCGCUGGCUGGCACAGACCCAAUGGGCCAAAGGGCCUGUUUCCAAGUUGUGUCUCUAGUCUAAAGCAAACAACUAUAUGUGUACCCACACCUUGUUUCAAAAUAAUCACCGCUUGCUCCAAUCCAACCUGAAGCUGAAACCCGUCAUCUCAUCACCACAUUCCAGUCUCUCCUCACCUCUGCCUUGGGCUCUCCCAUCCUUGAUGAAGCGUCUGGGGGAGAGAGUCGUUGCCAGUGGCAUGAUGGCCCCAUGGCACAGUGAGGGCAGGGGUGCGCUGGUGUGGGGGGGUUUGGGUCUGUAUCCAAUUGCUGCAGUGUCCAUGUGUACUCAGUCUACUCUGUGCUACACCAGUCUACCCAGUCUACACCAGCCCAGUCUACCCCGUCUACACCAGUCUACAUCGUUUACAUGAGGGUCCAUCUCAUGCCAGAUGGAUCAAGCCCCUCCGCAAGGUAGUGGCUGGCAGUGGAAGGAAGUCUAUCUGGGGUGCUGGCUGGUUUUAUCGGAAAUAAACUCCAGAGAUGAUGUUGUGAUCAGAGUUUUGUGGGAGAUUCUGAUGCUCGGUUUCCACCACAAAGGUGACGACAGUGCUGGCGGUCAAGUGUUUUAGAAUGUUGUGUGGAUGUGGGGACAGGAAUGUGCGUUCCUCCCUUGCUCGAGAGGAGCCAUGCAGUGCCACAUCUUGUGUUCACUCAGUGUGAAGUGGCUGAAAGCUGGAGAACCACAGCUGGGGAUAGCCUGGCUCCUCGUGCUUCUUGAGUUUAUAACCUGAGACCCACAUUGUCCACACGCCCCCUCCACACACACGACCGUGGUCUAAUCAGCUUUGUGGAGGAGUGCUGUCAUCACCAAUGCACUGCACAAAUGGUUUUGCAAUGACACUGAGGAUUUUGACAGCUCUGCUCCAUGGGACGGGUUGUGUGAGUUAGUCCCUCUCUGUGAAUGGCAAUUCCUAGAUCCAGCCCUGGUUCAAACCUCCCUCUCUUGUCCGCUCUGACCCUUGCCUUGUACCUUAAAAUGAUUCCACAAGUUCCUUUCCAAAGCGACUGUUCCCCAUAUGAGUACAGAGGGAAGUCUGCCCGGAUUAUAUCCAAAUGCUUCUCAUUAUGUCUUAGAUGAGCCUUUUCAUGCUGGACACCUCCCAUUCUACAGGGGAAAAAAAACAAAUUUGAGAUUAACACAAAAUGAAAACCAAAUAUUAAAGACUAAGGUCAUUGAUGUUUCUGCCUUCGCUGUUUAAUAAACCAUUGAUUCCCACUUCCACUGGUUGUGACCAUAGCACUUAAACUGAAGGAUAUAUUGUCCCAGGACUUAAUGCAUCCCUUGUGCUUGUGUCUGGAGUGUUGUCCGUGACAGUCUUUGCUGAGCGCCAUAAUCCAAUGUGAUGUACAUGGCUUGAUGUCGAUAUAUACCAGAUAAAGAAGUGUUGGUGCAUUGCAUUUGGUGCCUCACUGUGAUCUGGCUACCUGUAAAUACUCAUCUGUCUCUGCUCGAUGUGGGCCUGGGUCUUUGUAUUCUGCAAUCCGCACUGUAAUUAAAAUGAACCUUGAACUGCCGUGAA